ACGAAGAAGCGAAUAAAGUAACAAUGGGGCGUAGAAGAGUCGAAAUCAAGAGAAUCGAAGACAAAGCCAGAAGACAAACCACCUUCACAAAGUGCCGUGACGGCCUCUUCAAGAAGACCGGCGAGCUCUGCAACUUGUGCGGCACCAAAGCCGCCGUCAUCACUUUCUCCAACGCCGGCAACACCUUCGCCUUCGGCAACCCCUCCGUCGACUCCAUCCUCGACCGUUACCUCUCCAUGACCUCAUCAUCCUCCAGAGCCUCCAUGGACGGCGGCGAGUUGGCGGCGGCUGAACGAGUGAGAGAGAGGGAAGAGAGGCUUGCGGAGGCUCUGGCUAGGUUGGAGGUCGAGAAGAAGAGGGGAGAGGCGAUCGAUGAGGCUUUGAGUAUGUUGAAAUUGAAUGAGGAUGUCGUUGGAGAUUCGAAAGUUAGGGCUUCGGAGGAGAUGGGUAGAUUCGGAGUGCGGUGGAGAUGGCUCAAUUGGAAGCGGAGAAGAAGCAUGAUGAGGUUGUUGAUGAGAUGUUGGCGAUGUUGAAUGUGAAGGCUGAAGCUUCGAGAUUGAA